GUUACUUCUAGUGCAUCGCGGCGCGUUCUUAAUAGUUAACUUCUUAUUAAAUGAGUCGCUCUGUCACACUUACAUCUGUUAAGCUACAUAGCACCAUCACCACUUUUGCUCAAUUCGCCUCUUCCUCAUACACUCAACUUUAGCUAUUAUCGUCUUAAUUAUUUACUUGGUAAUCUUUGUUGGCGAUGGAUCCUCCAGCCGCAUCAAAUGAUUCGCAUGACGCGCCGGAGGCCAGCGGGAGUACUAUCAUAGCUGCGCGACCUCGAACUGAUAGCUUGUCACAGCAAUCCGAGGAUUCCCAAACUGCUGCUGAAUUUAUUAGAGAUCAGCUGCAACUGGAAGCUGAAGCUCGCGAAGCUCUUCCUUAUAGUAUCGAGAACUGCACCAAGCCCCUUGGCGCAUUGCUACAGAAUAUCUUUGCUUGCUUAACUUGUAAUCCGGCCCCUACGAACCCAACCGAUCCAUACAACCCAGCCGGUAUAUGCUAUGCGUGCUCCGUUCAAUGCCAUGGCGAACACGACUUGGUCGAGAUCUUCCAGAAGCGCAACUUUACUUGCGAUUGCGGCACAACACGAUUUACUUCUGAGCAGAAAUGCUCCCUUCGCAUCAACCCCGAAACCAACACGAAGGGUGGCGUCCACUCCGAGGAGCCAGAUCCCAACAACAAGUACAACCAAAACUUCCGGAACCGAUUCUGUUCGUGCUCCAUAGACUAUAAACCUCAUGAACAAAAGGGAACCAUGUUCCAAUGCCUAGGUCUUGGUACGCACGAAACUGGCGGAUGCGGCGAGGAUUGGUACCAUCCCGGUUGUCUUGUCGGCCUAGGCCCUAGAUGGUUCGAGAAGCAGCCCAAGCAAACUUCAAAGAAUAUCAAUGGCGCACUUCCAACCAUUUCAGAAGAUACAACUACAACAACUCCACAGACUAAUACUGGCCAACCUACCAGCGGUGACCAGGAAGUGGAAGAGGAAGAGGAUGAUGACGACCUGCCCCUACCUGAAGGGUUUCCUGCUGAAGAUGCAUUUGAUCAUCUCAUCUGCUACAAAUGCGUGGAAGCGUAUCCUUGGAUCAAGAGGUACGCUGGCACUCCCGGUUUCCUACCGGCAGUGUUCCUGCAAAACGAUGUCCAAGUGGAUGUCCAAAAGGAUGGCGAACCCUCGUCAUCGAAGAAGCGUAAGCUGGAAGAUGAUGUACCAGAUGAGGACAAUGAACGCAGCAAGCGUGUUAAGAGCGAGUCUGCGGAGGUGGAAACCGCCCCACCUAUCCCUCAAUUAGUCGACGACGCCACUCCCCAAGUGAAACCUGAAGAACUGAAGAAGGACGAGGAACCUGCGAAAUGCAAGCUAACAACUCUCCCACCUGCGCCAACCGGCCAAUUCUCCUUGUUCGCCACCUCCGGCUUCCGCGACCACCUCUGCCACUGCGCCUCGUGCUUCCCAGAUCUUCUAGCCCAUUCCCAGCUGCUAGAGGAGGAAGAAAUGUACGAGCCACCUCUCUCCGACUCAGCAUCUGACCGCGGCGGCUCCACCCACGGCAGUGGCUCGCUGUACGACCGCGGCGAGUCCGCCCUCAAGAACGUGGACCGUGUGCGCGCGAUCGAGGGCGUCAUGGCGUACAACCAUCUCAAGGAGCGCCUGAAGCCCUUCUUCCAGCAGUUUGCUGAGAGUGGCAAGGCCAUUGGCGCCGAGGACAUCAAGGAGUACUUUGCCAAGCUCAGAGGUGACGAACAGGCGAUCAAAGACGCGGGCGAGGCUGCGAAGGAGGAUCAGCGGCAGGAACAGAGCGGCUACUAGGUUAUUAUGUGUGUGUAAAAGUAAAAAGGGGGUUAUUGGUAUUAUCUAAGCGGGACUUUGUAGGAAUAUGCAGAGCUGGCAUACCUAGGGCAUCUUCAUAAGGACUGUGCCUAGUUGGUACCUACCUACUUAUCUACCCGCUUGUUUUAUUUGGAGUUGGCGGGCAUUUAAUACCAUGGAUGGGUUUAUA